GUGUGUUUAGUUGUUUUUACCAUGGAAGAUGGCGAAUUAAUCGACCAAGUGAGGCUGUUUUCCCACUUGUACGAUAAAAGUAACAAGCUUUACAAAGAUAGUUCGGCAAUAAAAAAUGCCUGGGAAACAAUUUCCCAUGUUUUGGGAAGUACAGGUAAAAGAUCAAAGUGUAGUAUUCCUUUAAUAACAUUAUACUUUAUAGUUGAAGACUGUCAACGUAGGUGGGCUGUACUGCGAGCACGUUUCAACGCGGAGCAGAAGAAGUAUACUCCAUCAGGGGCCGCAGGCGAUACUUCGUCAUGGGUAUACUUCAACGCCAUGUCGUUUUUGACCGAGCACGUUACUCAAAGAAGAACUAAGGGAAACAUACCUGCCGCCACUUCAUCAUGUGCAGCGGAGAAACAGAAACUGAAUCCCUGGGAAUCGUUUUCCAUCAUGAUUGAAGGGGAAUCUGAGGAGUUUGAGGAAGAUCCUCACGUCAAUCUCCUCUCACCCAUUUCAUCGAUGUCAAGGACUAGCACCUUAACACAGCAGUCCGCUCCUUCACCUACAGAACGGCCGACAAAAGCAAAGUCUCAGAAAAAGGUGGAUGAGAAUGUCAACAAAACCAUCCAACAAGCAAUGGGCACGUUGGAUGGCUACAUGACUUCCAAAGCGCAUCAACCAACAAUGCCCACGGAGGAAGACCGGGACAUGUGCUUCGGGAAAAUGGUGGGCUUAGAAUUAAAAGAAAUUAAGGACGAGAACAAAAAAAAAGAAUUAAAACGUCAAAUUUUACAAAUUUUAUAUAGUUAG